ACUAGUGAUUAGUCAAAAAUGCCAAAUGAAUGGCAGACCUAUGUGUAUCGUAAUCAGAUUGUUGUAAAAAAUGGCAAAAACUUACGAUUAUUUAUUUAAAUUACUUUUGAUAGGCGAUUCUGGAGUGGGAAAAACAUCUAUUUUAUUCAGAUUUUCAGAAGAUGCUUUCAACAUUUCAUUUAUAUCAACAAUUGGUAUCGACUUUAAAAUUCGUACAAUAGAUCUUGAUGGGAAAAAAGUAAAAUUACAAAUAUGGGACACUGCAGGUCAAGAAAGAUUUCGUACAAUUACAACAGCAUAUUACCGCGGUUCCAUGGGCAUAAUGCUGGUUUACGAUGUUACAAAUGAAAAGAGUUUUGAAAAUAUAAAGAAUUGGAUCAGGAAUAUUGAAGAAAAUGCCAGUGCUGAUGUUGAAAAGAUGAUUCUUGGAAACAAGUGUGAUUUAGAGGCUAAGAGACAGGUAUCAAAAGAAAGAGGUGAACAAUUAGCCGUAGAAUACCAGAUUAAAUUUAUAGAAACAUCAGCAAAAGACUCCUUAAAUGUAGAGUCAGCGUUUUAUACCCUAGCAAGAGAUAUCAAGGCCAAGAUGGAGAAGAAACAGGAGGCGAGUAACCCGGCGGGCGCGAGGUCGGGCGCGCACCAGAUCCGCGCCAACGAGCAGCAGCGCAAGCCCACGUCGUGGCUGUCGCGCUGCAGCCUGCUCUGACGGCGCCCCGCCGUGCCGCGCUAACACCCGCUCCAUGUACAACGCGACCGACAUCAACAAGUAUUAAGGCCCACACACCGCCCUGCGCUCCGACUAUCACUAUGACGAAUAUCAGGAUUGCCAUCCAACAAUGCCAUACGGGACGCGUAGGGUUCCCCAUCAACACCCACCAACUAUAUAUUUUUCGAUCUUUUUAAUACUGGUGCGUCACUCCACAGGGGGAUCAGACUUGCUUUUUGUAUUUUUAUAUCCGCGAUUAUGAUACCUACUUCGACGUUUAGUUGAAACGAAACAGUAUUUUUCCGUAAAUUACCUUGUACAUUUGUUUACAUUUGAAGUGACAAUUUAUUUUUAUAUUAGGGCGAAAUUAAGGUGUUAUAAUACAACAUUACAAAUAAUGGUUGGAAGGUUUAUUUCAAUAGAUUGUUUAGCUGUACUUUUCCUUUUGCUAUUUUAAUUAAGAUAUAUAUUUUAAUGUAAUAUAUAAUAUUUAAUUUGAAUAAAGUGCUUUUUUACAAACAA